GGUUCCUUUUCCACAAAUCCACAAAAAUUCCUUUGUGUAAGUUGGCGUUAAAAAACAUUGUGCUUCGGUAUCAGUUUCGUUCACCGCGCUUGCAAAGCACUGCUUGACUGAUGACAUAGGCAAUACAUGACGACUUACAACACAAGUCAGCAUUCACGUAAGUCGUCAUAAUUUCUUGAGUCCCGAGAGUGCCGACUUAGAGUUUACUGUAUAUUAUUUUCCCUGAUUUGGCAGUUGAUAGAGCACAAACAAUGUGCCAAGGUUUACCGCCCAGUAUUAUAUUUAACCAGAUUAACAAAUACAUUUGAUAAAAAUGCUCUGGUUAGGGUUAAUGUGCUGUGGGGAUGAUGACAGGAAUCUUGCGAUGAGUUAGCCAUUGGGAGAAGGAACUACGAGAUGCCCAUAGAAUGUGCUCCAAGACAAACUGGAUACCUUGCUGCAUCUCAAUAGUCAAGAGUUCACUGGCUGGCAUAGACAUCACUAAGAGGCAUAGCUUCUCCUGGGGAUUGAUUUAGGGAUUAAAAAGCAAGAGAAUACAUGCAAAAUAUUUAACUACAAAGCCACGGAUAACCUUAAAACCCUAACCCUGCUUAUAACAUGGCUUCUUUCCAUCAAGGUGAUUAGAAACACAAAAGAAAACAUACAGCACUCAUAAAAUGGAAAAAAGUUCUCCAACAAAUUCAAACUGGUGAUUAAAAUUUGACGGUUUAAAAUAAGACUGAGUAGAAAGAUGGAAUUUCAAUUCCCUUUUAAAUUUAUUAAGAUUGUUCCAGCAUUUGAUGUCAUAAGGUAGUCAGGUAGUGAAUUCUAUUCAUGAAUUCUUGGGCUGGAGAGAAGCCAAGGUGCAAGGAAGGGAAGAGGAGGUGACUCAGGUCAGAAAAGGGUGCGUUGAGAAGAGUGAUGAGUGCUUGCUGCUAGGAUGGAUGGAAGCCAAGGUGCAAGGAAGGAAAGAGGAGAAGACUCAGGUCAGAAAAGGGUGCGUUGAGAAGAAUGAUGAGUGCUUGCUCCUAGGAUGGAUGGAAGACAAGGUGCAAGGAAGGAAAGAAGAGGUGACUCAGGUCAGAAAAGGGUGCGUUGAGAAGAAUGAUGAGUGCUUGCUCCCAGGAUGGAUGGAAGACAAGGUGCAAGGAAGGAAAGAGGAGGUGACUCAGGUCAGAAAAGGGUGCGUUGAGAAGAAUGAUGAGUGCUUGCUCCUCGGAUGGAUGGAAGACAAGGUGCAAGGAUCGGAGGUGCAAGAUGAGGGUAAUGUAAGGUGGGUAAUGGGUUGAAGCAUGGGCAUUCAAGAGCUAGGUUGAUCUCAUAGUUGAUGCAAGAAAGGGAUGGCAGGGUGAGAUAAAGUAGGAUAAGGGGAUUUGUG